AUGGAUCCAAAUAAGCAUGUGACCUCUUACAUAUGCGCCAUUAAGGGUAACGACUUGGAAGACGACGAAAUCGAGUCAGAACAAUUAAAGAAGUUUGGAGAGACUCUGUCAAAAGGAGCAAUGAUAUGGUACCACAACUUGUCCCCAAACUCCAUUGAUUCAUUUGCUCUACUCAGGUAUGCUUUUGUAAAAUCUCAUGUCGGAGCCGUCAAGGUCGAGACCAGAAAAUCGGAUAUUUUCAAAGUUAAGCAAAGGGACAAGGAGAUGCUCAAGGAGUUUGUGUCAAGGUUUCAAAUGAAACGGAUGGACUUGCCUCUGGUCGCGGACGAUUGGGCACCAGUCAAAAUUAGAGUCGAGGUUAACCAUCUCAGAGCCCUUUUCGGGUCCAUUUAUCUCACAAAAACCGAAGACAGACCUAAGAGAGUCGUCGAUCAUGAAUCAAGGCCGGUCCGAGAUCGAUGUCAACCAUACAGUAUAGAUCGAAGGGGAAACGGGUCCGGGCAUAACUCUAAAAAGAAUGAAAGAAGAAGCGAUCGAGGGCACAAUAGUCGAGGCCUAUUGAGCAAAAAUGGUUUCAACAGGCCGCUCAGGGGAAGGGAAGCUCCGAGAUUAUCAGAGUAUAACUUCAACGUCGAUGCAGCCAACAUCUUAUCUGCCAUCGAGCGCAUCAAAACGAAUAAGUGGCUUGGACCUCUGCAGUCUGAUCCUAUCCAGAGGGACCCUAACUUUAUAUGUAUCAUGGCACUCAUGGCCACAGGACCGAGGACCGCAGACAGUUAA